CCCGUGUCCCCGCAGUGCAUCGUGAGGUCGUACCUGCAGUGGCUGCAGGACAGCGAUUACAGCCCCCAGUGCCCCCUGUGCCAGGCUGCCCUGGGCGAGAGAGAGACCGUGCGGCUCGUCUGCUACGACGUGUUCCACUGGCCGUGCCUGGCGGGGUGGGCUCGGGCGCUGCCCCCCCGCACGGCCCCCGCCGGCCACCGCUGUCCCCAGUGCGGGGGUCCCCUGUUCCCCCCCCCGAACCUGGAGGGUCCCGUGGCCGAGGCGCUGCGGGCGCGGCUCCGCACGGCGCCCUGGGCUCGGCCCGGCCUGGGGCUGCCACUGAUCGAGGACUCGGAGGAGCCGCCGGAGCCCGAGACCGCCCAGGAGCCGGACGGGGGCUGGGACGCCCCCGUCACACCCCCGGAGCCCCCCCCGAGCCCCCCCCCAGCCCACGCCGUUGUCCACGUGGGGACAGAGACCCCCACCCUGCACGCAGGCUCCGUCCCCCGCAAACCCCUGGGGGGCCGCGAGAGCUGGAGCCCCCCGGACCGCGACGAGGACAAAUACCGGCGGAGACCCCUGGCCUGGGUGCCCCCCAAACUCAGGUGCCGGGUUCGGGGGGUCCCGCGGCGCCCCCUGCUGGCGCUGUGCCUGGGCGGGGCCGCGGCCUUCGCGCUGCUGCUGCUCCUAUUGGGCAGCCUGGGCAGGGGCGGGGCCGACUCCGACCCCGCCCUGGAGCCGCUCAACAACCCCCACGUGCGGGUGGGGCACUGA